CCCGCUGAACACCCGCCGUGUCCCCGCAGGAGCUGGAGGCGAUGAGCAGAUACACGAGCCCGGUGAACCCGGCCGUGUUCCCGCACCUCACCGUGGUGCUGCUGGCCAUCGGCAUGUUCUUCACCGCCUGGUUCUUCGUCUACGAGGUGACAUCCACCAAGUACACCCGCGACAUCUACAAGGAGCUGCUGAUCUCGCUGGUGGCCUCGCUCUUCAUGGGCUUCGGCGUCCUCUUCCUGCUGCUCUGGGUCGGGAUCUACGUCUGAACGCCCCCGGGGCCGGGAUGGGGGACUCGGGGAAGCUCUUUUUAUAUUUCUUUUAUAUUUCCACGAGAAAACGCCUGUAGCAGGUGUGGUCUGCGAGAGGCAGUGACCCGCAGGUGAAUAAAAGUGGCUCUGUGACACACCUGCCUGGGGACCGCUGGUUUGUCUUCUU